AUGACCUGUUUUAUCGUCACCGGUGGCAUCGACGCGAAGAAGAUGAUUGAACCUUCCGAUCGCAGAAUACCAACUCAGCGUAUUUCCACACCAUUAUGCCACUACUUACUGCCUCAUAUCGUAAAUCCAACAAACCGCCUUUCACCACCAUCCCAAGCGGACAUGAGAGCGAUUUUCGCCACCACCUCUGGGUUAGAACUUAGUUGGGAGGGGGGGGGGGGGGGGGGGGACUAUGCUGGUCUCAUUUCUCGAAUCAAACUACUUAUCAUGUUUCUCUAA